AUGCAAAGGGAGGCAUGCAACGUCAAGGACAACGCAGACAGGGGGAAAGCAAUUUCAGCGCGACCACCACUGCUUCCCCUCCUCACCUGCUCCCCUCCUCACCUGCUCCCCUCCUCACCUGCUCCCCUCCUCACCUGCUCCCCUCCUCACCUGCUCCCCUCCUCACCUGCUCCCCUCCUCACCUGCUCCCCUCCUCACCUGCUCUCCCCUCCUCACCUGCUCCCCUCCUCACCUGCUCCCCUCCUCACCUGCUCCCCUCCUCACCUGCUCCCCUCCUCACCUGCUCCCCUCCUCACCUGCUCCCCUCCUCACCUGCUCCCCUCCUCACCUGCUCCCCUCCUCACCUGCUCCCCUCCUCACCUGCGCCCCUCCUCACCUGCUCCCCUCCUCACCUGCUCCCCUCCUCACCUGCUCCCCUCCUCACCUGCUCCCCUCCUCACCUGCUCCCCUCCUCACCUGCUCCCCUCCUCACCUGCUCCCCUCCUCACCUGCUCCCCUCCUCACCUGCUCCCCUCCUCACCUGCUCCCCUCCUCACCUGCUCCCCUCCUCACCUGCUCCCCUCCUCACCUGCUCCCCUCCUCACCUGCUCCCCUCCUCACCUGCUCCCCUCCUCACCUGCUACCCUCCUCACCUGCUCCCCUCCUCACCUGCUCCCCUCCUCACCUGCUCCCCUCCUCACCUGCUCCCCUCCUCACCUGCUCCCCUCCUCACCUGCUCCCCUCCUCACCUGCUCCCCUCCUCACCUGCUCCCCUCCUCACCUGCUCCCCUCCUCACCUGCUCCCCUCCUCACCUGCUCCCCUCCUCACCUGCUCCCCUCCUCACCUGCUCCCCUCCUCACCUGCUCCCCUCCUCACCUGCGCUGGCGCUGUGGCUGGCGGGAGGAGAACUCAGCAAAGGCGAAGGGCAGGGAGGCGGGGGGAAAGGCGGAGAGCAGCAGGAAGAGGCGGUGGGCCGCCUGCAGGGAGGAUGCAAACACCAGCGUCAGCUGCCGGGGCCGUGCUGCAUCCGCCGCUCUGUUGGCAGCUGCACCAGUGUUGGCAGCAUCCGCCGCACUGUUGGCAGCAGCACCAGUGCUGGCAGCAGCAUCUCCCUUCCCUUCCUGCCCCCCCUCCCCUUCGCCAGCCCCCGCCUCCUCCCCUGCCGUGAGCUUCUUGAGCAAAGCUGCCAGCAGCAGCGGCUUGUCACUCGCACGCGGACACACCUGGGCAGGGGGAGAGGGAGAGGAAUUGUGGAGGGAGAGGAGGCAGGGGAGCGCGUGAGAGUGAGUGAUGUGUGGCUGAUGGGGGAGAGGGCGAGGAGGGAGGAGGGUUGA